AUGGAAAAAGUUGAUGAAGCACGAGAUGAAUCUAAGAAAGAGCAAAUGUUAAUUGUUUUGAGAUUUGUUGAUAAAGAUGGUUAUGUGCAAGAACGUUUUUUCGGGCUUAUUCAUGUCAAAGACACUGUUGCUUUAACAUUAAAAGAAUGUAUUUUCUUUAUACUCUCUAAUUAUAGUCUUGAUGUUCAAUCUAUUCGUGGACAUGGUUAUGAUGGCGCAAACAUGCGUGGACAAUGGAAUAAUUUGCAAGCUUUAAUUUUAAGUGAAUGUCCUUAUACUUACUAUGUUCAUUGUUUUGCACAUCGUUUGCAAUUGGUAUUAGUUACUGCAUCUAGAGAAGCUAUUCUUGUCCAUCAAUUUUUUACAAAGUUGAACUCCAUUGUUAAUAUUGUUGGUGCUUCAUGUAAGCGCAAUGACCAACUAAAAGCUGCUCAAGCUGCAAAUAUUGUUCAUUUACUUGAGAUUGAUGAACUAGAAAGUGGGAAAGGACUCAAUCAAAUUGGUUGUUUACAAAGGGCAGAUUUUAAUGCUCAUUAUACUGCAAAAAGAGGAAGAAGUCUUGGUCAACAAGAUGCAAUUACAGUGGAGCAUUAUUACAGAGUUGAUCUUUUCAAUGCAGUGAUAGACUUUCAACUACAAGAAUGA